AUGCGGCCUCCUCGAACUGUGCGCUUCCAACGGCCCCCGCCACCUUCAGUGGAAGAAGAGCCUGUUUCACUCUCGCGAGAACUAAAUGGCCUCAACAAGCUGGGUGAGAAGCCCGGCGUCGAGGGUACCUGUGCAAGAGGUGCCGUUGAUCAAUACCCGAUCAUAUUGACUGCGGAUUCUUCCACCUCGGCCAGUCCUCCCAUCGCUAAUGUGCCCGGGAUGGGCAAUGUCUCUUCCGAUGACAACAGCAAUGGACCAAGAACCCCUCCUCUUCGUUCUCCGGAGUACGUCGAGCGUGUGGACUCAAAGUCGCAUAGACGCUCACGCACCUCGGAGUCUGGUGGCCGGAGCUCUCGAUCUAAAUCAAUUGAGCGUCCUCGUCACCAAGAGCCUGGUGUUCGCAUCAAUGGUUCUAAAUCAAAUGAGCAUUCCUGUAUUUCCGAUCAGAGUACUCGUCCCCUUCGCUCUAAAUCAAUUGAGCGUCCUCGGAAUUCGGAGCCUGUUGGUCGUACAUCUGCGCCGUCCAAACCGAGUGAACGUUCCCGUGUCCCAGAGCCCGAGGUCCGGAUCCCACGCUCUAGAUCAAUUGAACGCUCGCGUCGUCCGGAGCCGGUGGGCCAUACAUCUGAUUCAAAGCUGAACGAACGCUCCCAUCAUUCGGAGUCUAGUGUCCGGGCAUCUGACCCUAAGAUAAACGAACGUUCACGUGCUCAAGAGCCUGAGGUUCGAACACCGCGCUCAAAAUCAAGUGAACGCUCACGUCAUUCACAGCCUGUUGGCCGCGCAUCUGAUUCAAGACUGAACGAACGUCCCCGUCAUGCGGAGCCUACUGUUCGUGCCACUGGCUCUAAAUCGAACCAUCAUGAGCGUUCCCGUGCUCCGGAAACGCGUAUUCCCCGCUCCCAAUCGAAUGAACGUCCCCGACACUCGGAGCCUAGCCGGACAUUUAGUUCAAAGGCUAAUGAACGUUCAGAACGCCCUCCGCGUCCUCGUUCCCCUCCCUCAUCGGGCUCGAGCAAGCCUCGAGAGCGCCAUCACUCUACACGGGAUAGUUUCCCAAUUCGAUCUCGCCCCCAUUCAUUGUCACUAAGCAGUGGAAACGAAACCGUCUAUAUAACAAUUAAUUCAGCCCGUGGAUCAGAAUCUGACAAAUCCCACCAUCGUGGCAGAGUGCACUCAAAGGACCGUUCGAGUUUCGGGCGGUCCAACUCUGGGCGACACAGUGCAUCAGUGGCACGGCCGGUUCCAGACCGUUCUGAACGGCCUCGGUCUGAAACUAUUGGAUAUAUGUCAGACUCGGCCGCCGCACGCAGCAGAUCGAUCUCCCAGCAUCAGCGAGCACAGCCAGCUCAGUCAACACAGCCAGCUCAGUCAGCACAGCCGGCAGCUGUUCCAACGGUUACAGAGAACUUACCUGUGGAAAAUCCUCCAAGAAUUCCUACUCUUGCCGAGAGGGUUGAGGAAAGGCUUCGAUCGGCAAUUACAAAAGCCCCGGAAGUUCCCCAAGUCCCAACACUCGCUGAGAGGGUUGAAGAAAGACUUCGAUUAGCUGGCGCAAAACUUCCGAGGGUUCCUACCCUUUCAGAAAGACUCGAGGAAAAGCUUUCACUUCGCCAUGCUCGUCAUGAAUCGGGCUCCCACUCCGAUACAGAAGCACCUUCUAGGGCUCCCGAUUCACCCUCUCGUGGUCAUCAUGUUUCGAGUCUUAGAUCCCAGGAACGUCUACCGACUUCACGCCCAAGAGCGACAUCGGUGACCUCAGGUACGGCUCCUCCACAUGCGGUAAUUCGUACUUUGACGUCGAAUACGGCUCCUGCUUCCCGUGCGCCCUCAACUACUCGCACUACCUCGAGAUCUAAAUCUCCCGACAAUACUCUCGCCGUAUCAACCAGAUCCUCACGAGAACCGUCCACGCAAAGAUCUAUCCCAGGCCAGUCCGCACUCGUUCAGUAUAAUCAGCCACAAAAGCGUGCUCAAAACGUUCCUGGGAUAUACAUUUCUCCCUGUCCACGCACCACUCCCUUAGCCGGUUAUGAGGACUGGUACACUCUCAAAGGCCUAACACAUAUCGACAUAUGCCCCUCAUGCAUGAGCCAAAUCGCGCACUCUCGCUUCCGCGACCUCUUCAUCCCAAGCCUUGCAAAGCCUCCAACCGAAGCAGUCAGCUGCGUAUUCUCAAUCCCAUGGAAUCGCCUAGCCUGGACACAGAUGAUCCAGAAGCAACACGAUAGUCUCGAAAUGCUCUACCAGAUGACACGCCCACCCCCAGGAACCAAUCCCUGUUCCGGACGUAUCAUAACCGAACAGACCUGGUAUCGAGUCCUCGACCCAGAUACAGGCGCCUUCCUACCCCGCUUCCACAUCUGCAGCAGCUGCGCACGCAAUGUCCGCGUCCUCAUGCCCUCGCACCGUGACACUUUCCAGCCCUGCGAAGAACCUCAAGAGCGUGUCUGCGACUUCGCCACCACUAGCCCGCGCUUUGUCCAGUACAUCGACCUCCUCGACACAGCUGCUUCCCGCGCAGAAGCUGAUCCAACCCGUCGCCCAGAGUCGCGCGAGUUCCUCUCCUACGCUCGCCGGAAGGUUGUUCUGCGCGACUGCAGCCGCGACAAGCCCAUCAUGAGCACAUGGCACUACAUCACCGCUCUACCAGAACUGAGCGUUUGUGAAGACUGCUACGAUGAUGUGGUCUGGCCGCUUGCCAAAGCGCAUCACCCUAUUGCGCGCAUGUUCUCCACGUCUAUGCGGCUUUUACCCGGGGACGGGCCGAACCGCUGCCGCGAGGCAACCUGUCAAUUGUACUCGCCACGCAUGCGCACACGACUGCGGGAUGCGGUGCGGAAUGAGGAUUUUGAAUCUUUGAAGUCUAUUUCUCUGCGGCGGUUUGAAGCUGAGCGGCGAUUCAAGGAUCGGACGGACGAGUUGCUUGAGGCGGAGAAGAAGGGUUUUGAUUGUAAAGAGGAGAUGAAGAAGGCAGAAGAGGAGUGGAAAAGAUGGGAGUGA